CUGCCACGUGUUACUAUCCCAAGUAAAGCUUCGCUAAAGAGAAAAUAAAAUUCCCCAAGGCAGAUCUGGAUGAAGAAAGAAGGCAUAGGAAGGAGUUGUGCUGUUAAAAAGAAUUUUGUGCUGUCCUUUGCUUGACCAGGAUCCUGCGAAAAUAUGGGGACAGUAGAGAAGGUGUUCUGCAGAAUUUUGCUGAUGCUUCUUUUACUGCAGUGUGAAAUAGGUUGGACACAAGAAGCAGUCGGUUCUCCAGCUUUUGUAGAAAGUACCUGCCUCUCCAGCAUAUUUUGGAUGAAGCUAGACAAGUCCUUUCUUCAGAAGAAGUUUUUCAAGAUAGAAGUAAUUGACCCAUCUGGUGUUCCAUUUUUGGUGGACCAGAUGUUGGGAGCUCGUUGUGGCUAUACUCUGUCGAAGGAUGUAUGGGGAAACUCCAUCUUCAGGGCUUCUUUCCUUGGCUGUCACGUUAUAAAUGAGAAAGAUGAACAGUUCUCUCUUACUGUAAACAUCAAAGUAUCGUUAUUUGAAGACCUGCGGGCAGCUGCCGUUUACCAGCAUCCCAUGCACUGCUAUUUCUCAUGGGCUCCAAGGGAAAUUCUGUGUGAAGAGAAUUACAUGGAGGUCUCAGUGAAGACUGAAGUCCCGGGAAUUUCGGAUCCUGAAUUGAUGUCAGUGCUACCGGAGGCACAAAAGGUUAUGCAUCAGACGUGGAAUUUGAUGUUCUACUCUUCAUCAGGGACAAAAACAACAGGAGUAAGAGAUGCUGACAAAUUGGGCUACAGCUUCAAUAAUACCCUGGCAAGAGUAUUCCUUCGCUCCCCAUACUCUACAAACGAAACUCAAAAUACAGUGGUUAAUGGGGUCACAAUGAGCACAAUCAGCUCCACGUCGCGGUACAGGCAAAGAUGGUUACUUCUGCUGAUUGACACAACUGUAUCAUGCCCAGUUGAUGGCACCAGCUUCACAGAUGCUUUUCUGAUCUGGACUAUGCCAAUGAUUAACCCUAGACUGGUACUUCAAGAAUCCACCUUCAGAUCCCUUCAAGUAACAAUGGGAAUUAAUGGGCAAAAGAUAGAGAACCCGGAGAAGUACAACUACACUUUGGAACAUAACAUUACACAUAUUGUAGUAACUAUCCCAAUUGGAGCCCCUAGAGGCAGACUUCAGAGCACAGUAUCUAACAACGUCUAUGGAGUGACUUAUAGUAUUGAUCUAUUGAUGGAACAUUCUUGGACAGAUAGUGAUUGGCAGCUCACCAAGUACCUUGUGAUUAAACCAAUUACUAUACCCUUCCUGCCUCGAAUACCAGUAGUAAUCAAUAAUACCGUUCCAGAAACACGGAUGUUUGAUGUGUUCUUGGGUGUCUUUCUUCCUGAUGUCAAUCUGGUGUUUCUUACAAUUGGAGAUAUGACUUUCUCUCUUAACGAAGCAGAGCAAAAAGGUUACAGGAUCUCUGUUAUUUCCUUCCUCAAUGGAACACGAGGUUUUGAACUGGAAGUGCCUUUCGAUGAUCCCAAUGUCCUAAAAGAAUAUAUGAACAUAAAUGAAACUAGAUAUCACCUCCGAGUACUCUACACUCUGACUGUGGGUCCUGAAGAGAAGCUGUAUCGCCAUCCUGCAGAUGUCGAAUGCAUAAUGGCAGAUGUCCAAUUACCAAAAGGCAUUGGAUACUGUGACAAAGAGAAUAUAUAUUUAUAUGUUACAACGGCAGGCCUAUUUCAAUAUUGGAUUCUAUAUGUAGGCAAUGCUCCUUUGAAUUAUAUCACUGCUCAUACAAAUGGAUAUCUUAUCUCUACAAAUGAUACUCAUCUACUAUUGCAAGUGCCUCUCUUUGCUCCUGGGAUAAUCUAUGAGGAAGUGUCCUUUGAGAGAAUCCAAGCUAGAUUUGAUCUGGACUUGAAAAAAAUGACCACUCUAGAGACGCUGAAUACCUUUUCUAUUAGGUGUAAUUUUCAGUCCUCAGAAUUCAUAGUGUGCUAUCCUAAUGGAACUGUAACUGUAUUGGCUCACAUGAAGACUGUUCCAUCCAUUGACAUGGGCAAAACAAGACUGAAGGAUAAGAUUUGUAAGCCUCGAGAAUAUACAAAGAACCAAGCUUUAUUUCAAUUUCAAGUUUCUACUUGUGGCACUUCCUUAAUGUUUAAUGAUGAGCACCUUAUUUAUGAAAAUGAAAUAUCCUUUGAAAAAGAAACUCUUCCAAUACAGAAUCGACCAAUUAUCACAAGAGAUCCAGGAUACAGACUGACUGUCUUGUGCUACUAUCCAAUCAAAGAGUCCCUGAUGCAAAGUGCUAUGUUCUAUGGUUCCUCAUCCAAAACUUUACCUUUUGGUUCUGGUACAAUGAUGUCUUGGCCUAAUAACGAAGGCCUUAUAAGGACAAGACAAGUUCUAAAUAUCCAGGCAAAUAUAUUCAAAGAUGAAUCAUUCACAGAAGCCUAUAAGUCUCAUUCAUUAAUUUUCAAGAGUUCGUGGGAACCUAUAUUUUUUGAAGUAGAAUUAAAAGAUGAAGCCCCUAAUAUUGAACUAUUUUUGGAACACUGCUGGAUGACACAAUCUGAAGAAAUCAACAGCAUUCCUCACUGGAACUUUAUUGUAGAUGGAUGUGAAAACCAAAGCUAUGGAUCUGUGAUCUUCUCUCCAGUAACCACAAGCGAUCCAAUAAAAUAUCCUAAUCACGUCAAAAGAAUGAUGAUACAGAAUCUGACACUUCCGCUGACAGAGGUAUAUUUGCACUGCACAGCAACAAUUGGCACUUGCCUCCGUGUACCUAGUAGUGGACUUCCCUGUAAACCAUGCCCUCCUGGAACAAUAAUUGAUCAGUAUUCUGAAAUUUACCCUAACCAUCAUGGUUAUAUAGUAACUGGACCAGUCUUUAUCCUUCAGCCUGAGUAAUUUAAAGAGCUGGACAUCACAAGAAAUAAGGUAGGUUUCGGGGCUGAAAAUAAUUAUAAAAACUGAGGUGAAUACUAGUGGAAUCAAGACUGCUGGACUAGAUUAUCAUCAUUGAUGUAAUUGUGCAGAAUUAUAUCACAGUGAUCAUAUAUGCAUUGAAGUAUUAUUAAUUCUACAUAUAACAAUGUUAUUCCUGAGAGGCAUCAGUAAUAAACCAUGAUUUAGGUACUGAAUACAACAGCAUAAAAUAAGUUCGAAGGGAAUCCAAAGUACAUCAAUCCCACCUCAAAAACUUUCAAGAAAUUAUAUUGCUGUUUUUCCCUGUGUCCCAAGAAAUGAAAAUUGAUUCUGAGUUUACAAUAAUUUCAGUUAAAAAUCAGAUAUUGUUAGAAAAUCAGGAUUCUUACAUGAAAGAACAUCCUGAAAUCUAUGGCCAGAGUAACUUUUAAAAGCAUAGUUUCCACAUUUAUCAAGGAAAUAGAUAAAAUAAUUAGAAAUCCUUAGGAAUAAGUGCAAUAUUGCCCUGUUAAAACUAGACUAAAUUAAACUAAAACCAAAAGGAAAGGUUUAUCUGAUUCAGUUUUACUACAUACUUCUAGUAAAGCAAGAGAUUAAAAAAACAGAGUAUUUUUUACCAAUCCACUAAAAUCAUCAGGGUCAGGUGUCUUCCUUUCUUUUUAUAAGGCAACAAUUUCAUCAAGCAAUAAAAAUUACAUAAAAUUAGUAACCUAAAUUUAUACUAUAAAUUUAGCAUAACUCCCUUUAUCUUAAACCCAUCUUUUGUUUGUGAAAAACUGCUAUUAUAUAAUUUUUGUAUUUCCCAGUAUCAUUUCCUUACAGUAAUGUGUAAUAGGUAUAUGUGUAUUGGGAGUGUUAAAAUAUAUUUCACACUGUAUUAUGUACAAUAUAUAAUUGUUUGCUAUAUAAUUGUUUUAAAAAAUCAGUGUUGGAAACUUCAAGUAUUAAGUACAUAUUUGAUAGAAUCCACAGAAUGAUGUCAGUGACGAAAUGAGUAGGGUGCAUAAAAAUAUUCAGUUUUCUCCUCUACAAAUAUAACUUGUCGAUUAUUGUUUUUUAUAUGAAGCAAUGCAAUAUGAUUUUGGAUUAGGAAAUGCUUUAAUCGUGUCCCACAUAAACACAGUGACAUAAGCAAAUCCCUUUUAAUACAAGCUGCUAUUUCCUCUUCUGUUCAGUGAACUAUUAUCCAGCCAAAGGAUUCAUUCAAGAACAACUUAAAGAAUCUAUUUAAAUGCUUAUCAAACAAAGGACUAAACUUCACAGGAAAAUGUUCUGAAAUUGUAAUACCAUUGGUAUCCCAUGCUUUAAUUUGGAGUACCAGAGAAUGAAGUAUCAGGGGUAAACCUAGUCAAAGGCCACUCCUGAAUGAUUUGCAACUCUCACUUGAUGUGAUAGUACGCUCCUUAUAUCCCCAGAUUGCCUUUCAAUUAUGCUUGUACUUCUUAGUCCUGUUCUUACUACUACCCAAGGAAGUUCCCUCAGAAAAUGGGGAGGUAGAAGAUAUCUUGCUUAGAGCUUCCUUUAAAAUGAUUGCUAGCUCUGGCAAAGUUCGUAAGCCACUAUAAGCCACUAGCUUGCAAGCAGCAUUUGAAGGUCAGUACUUAUCUUGAAACAGAAGUUUGAGCUAAGAGUUGCAAACUGUUGAUUAAGCAAUCUGUAUAGCCAUACAUUAAUCACCGAGUUUGGGAGAAUAAAACUUGCACAAGGACAAACAUGUAGGGGCAUCCAUUUAUUAACCUUACAAGCACUGGCAUCUAAAAUGAACUAACUACUGUAUAUAUAUUGUUUUUUCUUUCCCUAGGUAUAAUCAUGCAGUUACCAUGGCAAGCUUUACUUGGGAUUAUUAAAAUAUGUUUCAUACUAAC